AUGCUCAUGACACAGGGAUUCUCCAGCCCCUUCCCGGCUCCCUCAGGGAUNGGCCAGGAGCCGGAGAAAUGGCGCUCCGGGGCCGUGGUGCCGCCCAUCUCGCUCUCCACCACCUUCAAGCAGCGGGCGCCCGGCGAACACGCGGGUUAUGAAUACAUCCGGUCUGGGAACCCCACUCGGGAUUGCCUGGAAAAGGCUGCGGCCGCCCUUGAUGGAGCCAAAUACUGCUUGGCUUAUUCCUCUGGCUUAGCAGCCCUUUUGAACAUCUGUCACCUGCUGAAGACAGGGGACACAGUCAUCUGCAUGGAUGAUGUCUAUGGAGGCACAAGAGAAUUAUUUGAGAAAAUAAAAGAGGAGUAUAAUUUGAAAGUGGAUUAUGUUGACUGCACAAACCUAAAAGAGCUGGAAGCUGCAAUUACACCAGACACCAAGCUGGUUUGGCUCGAGAGCCCCACCAACCCCACGCUGAAGGUGAUCGACAUCCAAGCCUGCGCAGACGUGGCACACAGGAAGCAGAAGGGAGUGCUGGUGGCAGUGGACAACAGCUUCAUGUCUCCAUAUUUCCAGCGUCCUUUGUCCCUGGGGGCUGAUAUUUGUAUGUCUUCUGCAACCAAGUACAUCAAUGGGCACAGCGAUGUUCUCAUGGGCCUGGUCUCUGUAAACCGGGAUGAUCUCUAUGAGAGGCUCAAAUUCCUGCAGAUCCACCUGGGAGCUGUCCCCUCUCCCUUUGACUGUUUCCUGUGUAACCGGGGGCUCAAGACUCUGCACAUCCGGAUGAAGCUGCACUUCCACAACGGCCUGGCUGUGGCCAAGUUCCUGGAAACCCAUCCCCGGGUGGAGAAGGUCAUUUACCCAGGGUUGCCUUCCCACCCCCAGUACCAUGUGAUGCAGAAGCAGUGCACAGGCUGUCCUGGGAUGAUCACCUUCUACAUCAAAGGGAAAAAAGAAAAUGCCGUUGCCUUCCUCAAGAGCCUGAAGGUGUUUGCCCUGGCUGAGAGUCUGGGUGGCUACGAGAGCCUGGCAGAGCAUCCGGCCAUCAUGACCCACGCCUCAGUGCCUGAGAAGGAAAGGAAAGCUCUGGGAAUCACUGACACCUUGAUCCGCCUCUCGGUGGGGCUGGAGGAUGAGGAGGAUUUGAUCGAAGACCUAAAGCAGGCCCUGGAGACUGCGUUUAAAUAAACCUUGGGGGUCAAAAAGGAACUUGGAACUGGACAUGGCUGUGGACAAGGACACGGAAAACCAAACCUCUCUUGCUUUGCCUUUGGGAAUUGCAGCCUGGGUUCCUGGGGCUGUCCCGUGCUGCUGUUGGGCUGCUCUCCCUGGCUGUGCAGGGUGUGCUGGGCACGGCCUGGGCUCUCCCUGGCGAGCUCUGGAGCCAGGAGCUGUGUGGGAGCAGCCGUGGGCACCCCGGGAAUGUGAUCCCAGUUCUCCCAGCACAGCUCAGGGUUUCUCCUGCUGCUGCAGGUUUGGGGCACAAGGGCUGGUUCGUGCUGCUGCUCUCAGGUCAUUCUCUUCUCACCCAUCAGCUCAGAAACUUGAUU